GUUCUGUCUUGCUCUCGAAUAGCCAAUCAUAGGCUGCCCGAGUACUCUCUUCUCUGUCGCACUACCGUGUGUCGCGGUUAUUUCGCGAAGUGACCGCAAGGUGGCGACGCAGUCGGCCCAAGAUGGCCACGCUGGAUCAAUGAAACUGUAAAUGGACCAUGGGGAAGGACCAGGAGCUGCUGGAGGCAGCGAGAAGCGGAAAUGUCACCGUGGUCGAGAAGAUUUUGGGUCAACGAGCGAAGAGGAGUGGUCCACUGGCAAGUUUACGACGGGGUCCGGGGGCUAACGUGCAAGAUGCCAGUGGAUAUUCUGCUCUUCACCAUGCAGCUUUGAACGGACACAAGGAGGUGGUAAAGUUAUUGCUCCAAUAUGAGGCUUCCACUAACGUCGUCGACGCUAAAGGCUCUUCGCCGCUUCAUUUGGCAGCUUGGGCGGGCGACGCUGAAAUCGUGCGGUUAAUUCUUACCCAAGGACCCUCGGUACCUAAAGUAAAUCUUACGACGAAGGACAACGAGACGGCGUUGCACUGUGCAGCACAGUAUGGGCACACGGAAGUGGUGGCACAGCUGUUGCAAUACGGAUGCGACCCCAGCAUCCGCAACAGCCGGGGAGAAUCCGCGCUGGAUCUCGCCGCGCAAUAUGGCAGAUUGGAAACCGUGCAAUUGCUCGUUAGUACGUAUCCAGAGCUGAUCGUGCCCCUUCGGAAUUCUUCCUCAUCGGUGAUUUUUCCUCACACCCCGCUGCAUCUAGCCUCGCGAAAUGGCCAUAGAGCUGUGGUGGAAGUGUUGCUGGCAGCAGGUGUGGACGUAAACACGAGGACGUCCGCUGGGACCGCGAUGCACGAGGCGGCGCUAUGCGGCAAGAUGGAAGUCGUGCGAGCGCUCCUGGACCGAGGUGUAGACCUGGGCAUCCGGGACUCGCGACAGAACACGGUGCUCGAUCUUCUGGGACAGUUCCCACCACACGUCACUCAGGACAUCACCGCGGUGAUAAAAAGGCACAGGUCUUCCUCUGGUGUGGAAAGCGACGCAGACAGCGAGAACUUGCCACCCAUUCCGGUCCAGGGGAACGAUUCAUUGGGUAGCCCUUACGAAAACGUUCGCCCAGGGGAUGAUCUUUCUCCGGCGGAAGGGACAUCGCCCACUCAAUGGCAGUUCUAUCAUAAGCCUCGAGACGACGAUCGCCGCGUUUCCGGUACUUCCGUUAUGUCUUUGGGUUCCGACAACGGAUUGUACCAAACGCCACCGGUACCUCGUGGAACAAUGGAGGGUAGCUUCGUGUCGGAGGAUCUGUCCUUGACAUUACCCACGGGAUACGGGGGUGGCAGGGAGUCGGAUCAAUUGAGCGUUUCCUCGUCCUCGAGCGUCGGUGGACCGAGCCCACGGGACCGGCGUUGUUUGCCCAACGAUUCCAGCGCUGCCGGGAUUUACUUGCCAAUGGCACCCUUGUCCAGUUCUCUUCACAGCCCCGCCUCCAACAGUAAAGUCUCGCCAACUCCACCGAAAAAACCACCCAGACGCAAUCUCUCCGUCUCACCGACGCACUUGCAGACCCAGAUGUCUUUAUCAGCGGACUGUUCUCUGGGCCCGAGCAACUACGAGUAUUUAUUCAUGGCGCGCAGCGGCGCCCGCAGCCAUAUCGACUUGGAGCAGUUACAAAAACGCCGUGAACAAUUGCGUCACGUGACCAGAAGCGUGGACCAAUACGUGGAAAUGAAGUCUCGCGUGCCGGAUGGCGAAGAAAGACGCGAAACUAACGUAGAACCGGUUGCCAUAACUUCCAUCUACGAGAACAGACCGAUCAAGACGUUGAACCCUCGACGAAAAUUACGUAGACACGCGUUCGAGAAUUAUGAACCGGAGAGUAGUCCUUGCGCAGACAAAUCGCCGUGCAGCGAGACCGAUUCGUUCGUCCAGGAACCGAUGUUCGUGUCGAACGCGUUCCUCACGCUCAAGUCUUCCCAGGAGAGUCUUCUGGACGACAAGCGCGACGCUAUCGACGAGCAUUCUACGCCAGAAGGUCGCGAAGCAACUGACAAGCGCCUGAAACGAGUACAAAUGAUGCUGCCCACCAGUCCAACGCACUAUGUUCAGCCACCGACGCCUGAUCAUCCGCCACCUUCUGCAAUGCAGGCUGAGAAGUCGAUUCACGAAAGGAUUCGUCCUUUGAGUCAGGUAUACAAACGGCGGUCCCGCGACAUGGAAACGGAAACCGACGAGGAUUUAUUGCAGUUUCCGGCCGGCGGUUCCCUGGACGCUAGCAGCGGAUCGUUAUCGAGCGUGUCUCUGUCCGACAAGAGCAUGUCGACGGACAAUGUCGAGGAAUACUUCGGGGAUGUGCCGUUCGCAGGUUUGUUGAAAGGAUCCGUGACGGCUGAACGGCCGCGCACGCUGCGUCGCUUGCGGAACGUUUACGGGCCAUCCGCAUGCGGAAUGGGAACCGGAGGUGAUGGUGGUGGCGGAGAACGUCUCGAAGACGGAGAGGUCUCGUUCCGGUCGGACCGCGAUCGCGAGAGGGACGAGAAAACCCUUAGCAUAAUGAGCCCGUUCGACGAGCAGGAGGAAUGGGCCAAAAUUUCAGAGAUCAUGGCGUCGUUUGGCACGGGUCUCGUCAGAGAAUCUGUCUUCGUCACAGAAUUGGAGAAGGAAUUCCAGACAAGACUAGGUCUGAGUUCAGACACCAGCAGCAGCCCUAUUGUCUCUACUUCCGUUGGUCAGUGGUUGUCAACGUUGGGCCUGGCUGAUUACGAGAACCUCUUCAUCAAUUAUGGAUUUGAUGAUCUGGAUUUCAUAAAUGGAGUUUUGGACGAGACCGACCUGAAGGACAUGGAGAUCACCAGCGAUCAGGAGCGUGCCGUGAUAAUGGACGCGGUCGAUUUACUGAAAAAACGCGUAGACAAACGAUCCGGCGGGAACAGUCAAUCCGUGGACGAAUGGUUGAAGAGUAUUCACCUGGAAAAUUACGCGGAGACUUUCAAGAAAAACUUGUACACGGACAUGGAACGUGUGAGAUGCGUGUGGGAGGUCGAAUUGGCGACCGUCUUAGAGAUCCAGAAGCCAGCUCAUCGUAAGAGGAUCCUCGCGUCGGUCAGCGGAUCGAGCGCGCGUGCGCAGAAUCGCAACUGCACCGGGCCCAACUUGGAGGAUCUCAAUAAGGAUCUGAACACCUUGAAGACGAACAUACAGCAGCUGAAAGAGGAGAUACGGGAGAAGCUGCCGGAAACAACGACGGAGGGUAAUGGCGGUACGUCGAUAACCGGAACGAAUUCGACCGGCACGAGCACAUUAAGGCACCGCAAAAACAGGCCGGCCCCGCAGCCACCCCAGCGACCCAGUUCGCAUAAUGGGGCGAUCUCGGCACCGGAACAACUCGAGAUCAGGGCACCGUCGGAGCUGCUGCUCGGCGUUCCGUCCACCCUGAAGACGCAGUGGAGGCACCAGCCAAAAGCUCUAGUCACCGGCUGCGUCACGUACGUCGCCAACUAUCUGGGUUCCACCGUGGUAAAGGAGUUACGUGGUACCGAAUCAACAAAGAAGUCGAUACAGAAGCUAAAGAAAACGUGUCGUGAACCAAGAGUCACCCCUGACAUUACUUUGGCGAUUUCUUUUCGUGGCGUGCGGUUCCUCAACACGGUGACCAACGAGCCGAUUUGCGAGCACGAAAUUCGCAACAUUCACUGCGCCUGCCAGGAUGCCGACGAUCUCACGCAUUUCGCCUACAUCACCAAGGACCACGCCAGCCGUACGCAUUUCUGUCACGUUUUCUGCGUGCCAACGAUGGACCAAGCAACGGAGGUGAUUCUAACCCUAGGCCAGGCGUUCGAGGUAGCCUACCAAAUGGCCUUGCGUGACAAACUCGGUAGUCACACGGUGCGAUCUCAAUCGGCCAAUCAACUGACGACUUUCUCAAAAUCUGCAUCGAAAAUGCCAAUGUCUCCAGAUUCUGCGCUGGACAACGGCCGUGAAUCGCACAACCAGCCUUCGGCCGCUAUCCCCAUCGUGAAUUCAAUGAACCCAAAACCAAAACCCCGCUCUAAGUCGUCCAUCCCUAACCCUAUAGUGCAGUCCACGAUGACCAAUCCGAUGCAAGACGCAAACUCGAACUCGAGUUCUUUCUCUAGCGGCACCGUGAACUAUAGUUCCAGCUCGAACUCAGCGACCAGUCCCAGCACGAACUCCGUGAGCAGCUCGAAUUCGAACACGAACACGAACCAAACUGCAAAGCCGCUAGUCACGCACGGUAGGUCCCAUUCGGUGAACGACAUCAAAGUGAACGGGAACCAGUUGAAAUUGGCGCCAGCACCGGUCGAUGACAUCGGAAUAGGCGUGAAAGACCUGAAGCCAGGCUCCAGGGCACCUAUAGCUCUGUCAGAAGAACUAUAAGGGGAAUAAGGUUCUCCGUUACUAUUUCGAUACUCAUUACUGUUCGUCCGAGAGAUUAGGUCGAAACGCUUGACGAUCUUUGACCGUUAACUCGUGGGAAAAGUGUAGGGAUGUCACUUUCGUGACACGAGUUUGAUGCAAGAGGUUGUUCUUUAAUACGACGGACAUAAGGGUGUAUGGUGGACUUUAAGGAAUUUGAGAAGCGUUUUAGAGUUUUCUUGGAACGUUAGAACGAUUGUUCUUCUUAAUGAAGAACUGAAGAUUAUUAAUUGCGAAUGUGAAACAGAUCAUCGUACAGAUUGACCCUUGCAUCAGAAUACUAUAUGAAAUUUUGUAAGAUCAUUGGGACUAAUAUCGUACAAUCCAGUUGGGACUUUGAUAUUCGACCGAGAGGUCGGAUUAUACUUGAAUUGUUCGAUUAAACUUCGUAGACAUUGUAUGACACACGCGAAAUAGGACUCGACUAGGCGUUCGCGGUGUCUUUUUAUCUCUCGAAUUUUUGUAGUAGCAUUCUAGACAGACCUUAUGACGGGUAUCGACAAUUUAAAUGGUUGUGUCAUUCCGAAGAGAAUGAUAGAGAGGUUUGAUGACAGCUCAGGUAAGUAAGAGACGAUUGUCGAAUUAUUUUGCCAAAUUCUUGAUCGACCAUGAAACGGCGACGCUGUGAUUUUCUACAUCGAGGGCAUUAACGAACCGACGAAACACGUUUAGAAGACAACCGUGCGCUCAUCUUUUACAUAUUUUAUUCACGUCCAUACAACGACAAAAUUGAAAAAAAGAAAAGAAGAUACAAAGCAACGAAUUGAGAAGAUUGUUUCAUUGUAUCUGGUUGGACGGAACGUGUAUAUCGUCAACAGUAUUAUUUGAUUAAAACGAAGCUCUUCGUCACAAAAUAGACGUUUUCUAGGUCUUACACUCGAUGUUUUGUCGAUAAGGAAGAGCGUGACUAACGUUACAUCGAUGUCUCGCCUAAAAUAAUUUUAAACGAACUAGAAAAACCGAAAAAAAUGUUGACAAAAGGACGUGACUUUUUUAAAGGUUUCAUUUUAAAGAUUCCUCCUGCACAUGAAACAUUAUAUUGCAUUUAAAAAUGGCACAUUUACACACAUAUAAACAUUCCCAUGUCGAAAGGACGUACAGGUGAGUUGACAAAUUUGCGAAUGCUCAAUUUUGAUCGCGUACAAUCAAAUUUAAAAAAAAAAAAAAAAAAAAGAAAAAUCGACUGAUGAGACUCAGAGGCUGAAUCGUUUUCACUUUGAACUGUGGCUGAUUGACGUCACGAUGGAUUCGUUUCUUCCAUGAAAUCGUCACCCUCGUUCGAGGUGCCACCGUUUUUUCGACGUUCUCAUCACCCAAGACUGACAGUCCUUAUUUCGUUUCGCAUUUUUCACGUUUCUCAGCAUUUACGUAUAGAGUAUGUACAAUGUACGCAUGCAUGUACACAACAACAUAAAUUGCACGUAUUAAUUAUCGUAAAACAAAAGAGAAGGGCGAAAAACGAAAAGAAAACCGAAGAGAAAAUUCACUCCGUGCGGAUUAACGUGUAUCUAUCGAGUGCUAAUUGGACGAACCUCGCGAUUAGGAAACGAAUAUUAUACCACGAAACGGUACCAAAUAUCUAUCUAUUGUAUAUUUAAAUACUCCACGGAGUUCCCUCGAAAACCCUACAUUUAAUAUAAGUCGAUUUUCAAGUUUCCAAGUUGCUACGAUUGGUAGGAACUUAUUACAAUCACAUUCGAGCGUAGCUGACCAAUUCAGCUUUGAGCAUUAAAGACGACUCGAAUUGAUUCAAAGAUGUGUCAAUAGUAGAGUACUAAUAUCGAUUGAACAGCAAGUAGCAUUUCACGUAUGUGGGCUCCGUCCCUGAAACGGAGCAGGCCUAACUGACCUCGUAUGUAGUUGUCGAAGUAGCUGUCGUAGUGAUAAAUCGUGAGCGUAUAAUUGCCCAUCACGAACCGUCUCUGGGAAGUCGGGAAAGAUAAAAGCGUGCGGUAGCUCGAGAAAAUUGUCAAGACGUCAAACAAAUGACGUCUGGUUGUGUACACAACGGGUAGAUUGAUUCGUAGCGAAAACCAAAGAUUGCAUGUUUGUAUAUAAAGCACGCGUGAUAUUAAUCGAACGAGAAGAUGGCGAUAUUAAUCGCGAUAUUAAGCUGCAGAGCAAAGAGAGACGGAGUAAAGUGGAGUGAAAUCCAUUUUAGGGUGAUACGAAGAAAAUAUAUUAUACACGGUCACAGACAAGUGGAACAUGAGAAACUGCCAAAUAACACACCACCAUAAACACGUGGCUAUACGCACACUUUGUAUUCAUCACAUUUAAAAUGAUAGUUAGCUCUAUUCAUAAUGUAUAUGUAUAUAUAUAUUAACGCUUAAUCCUGCAUGUGUAUAUAUAUAUAUAUACACACAUAUAUAUACGUGCAGGAUUAAGCGUUUAAGGUGUUGCGAUAGAGGUGAACGAGGUCCGUGGACGACGUGAUACAGUAAUUUCAACGUGGAGUAAAAUUAGGUGGACGCUCCACCUAUCGUAAGUUCGUAAAUUCGCGAACUGUAGCGCAGCUAUUGUAGAAUUGUAGAAAAUCGAAAUAGAGAGCAUGCUUCGUCGAUGUGUGUGUCGAUAAAUUCGAGGAAAUCUCGAGGAGAAGCAUUAUUGGAAAAAGGUCGAUAUGAAAUCGAUCAGAGGGGUUAUUCGUGUUGGCUUUGGUUAUUAGUGUUGUUCGAUUGUAAUAAAAUGAGCGGUAAGUCGGAUAUUAAGAUUGAAUAAUUGGUGAUUGUUUGGAAAACAUGGUUAUGUGAAAAAAUACAUAAAUGAAACGAAAGAAGGAAAAAAUAAUAUGUACGUACUUAGACUAUUAUUGAUGGCACUAUUAUUUGAUAACGAAAUCAAUAAAUUUUGUAGCGUCGUAAAUUACGACAGAAUAGUCGAGGAAAACGUAGUACUGCGUUAGAGUGCAGUAUUAAUACAAGGAAAUUUGAAUGCUACGUAGUUGAUAGUCGUAUUAUCGAUCGAUAGAGUGUUUCUCGACCAAGUUUUGACGUUUAUGAGUAAAACGUACGUACUACGCGUUUCGAACAUUUUAACGAAGUAUCUUUAUCGACAAGCGUACCAAAAUGUCCUUUCGUAGAUUUGUACUUUCGUAAGAUUUUCCUUGCUUUCUUUUUUUUUUUCCUUUUUAUAAAAAUUGCGUAGAGUGAUUCGUAUAAAGUAACAUGGAUGAUUAUUUUCUACGUGAUGCCAUUUAAAACAUUUUACACAUUUUACAAUUCUCUUUCUGUUGUUCCUAUGGAUUCCUCGUAAUAUACGCUCAAACGUUCGAUAUCAUAUUUGCCAACGAAAAGUGUUUUAAACACUUUUGUUAUGCAUUUAUCGGCUCGUAGAAAUAACAACCAUUUACUGAUUCAAAAAGGCACGAAAAAAGACCAGUCCAUUCUUAACUUUACACGAAUCACUACAUACAUCUCAAAUUUCUCGUCAACAAUUUUCUUCAUCGCACAAUCACAUGACUCGCGACUUGAAACAACACUCAUUUCGUCCAUCAACGAACAAUACAGUUUGUAGCCGAUGCAAUCUUUCAAGUGCCAACAAUGGAGCCCCAUUUGUAUUCAAUAAACCCAACGUCGAUGUAACUUCGGUAUUCCGAAGUUAGACCGGCCUGGUGUCAGCCGAAGAGAAAAGAUUCCGACGGACGCAUACGCGCGUUCGACAAGGUGUACAUAACAUACAUCGAACACUUGGUAGCUAUCUUGUUUUUUGCUAUACUGUAAAUUUAACCUAUCCACACGUGUUCAAAGGGGAAUCUUUCGUUCCGUUCCGCCGUGAACACGGACGCAAUAGAUAGUCGCACGAGAUAAUUUAUUUCCUUCUUGCGCAAAGGACGGACCGGCAAUCUCCUACGAAAGAGGCAUCUAUCAUAGCGUAAACUUUUAAGUAUUUAUAUAUAUAUAUAUAUAUUAAAAAAACAAAAAAACAGUAAUAAAACAUUAAACGAGUAAACGUUAGCUGUAUACACUAUAUACGACUAUACAUAGGACGAGUGGUAUCGGCAAUGAGUUUUUUUUAAGGAACUCAGACUCAUGCCAAUCGCGCGAAGAAAACUCAUUCACGGACCAAGAAACGAUAAAAGCGGGAGAGAAAAACAGGAGAGAAAAAAAAGUAAAUGAUUAAUUGACAAGGGGAGACGAUAUGUAUUUGCUCGUAAACUAUUAAUAGUAUUUCAGGAAAAAUAAAAGGAAAUAUUAGACACAGCUGUCGAGAGAGGAAUUUUUAGGUCGACUUUCUUUCUCGUGAAUGACGUGGUGCGACGAUGAUUUCGUCGUGUCGAUUAUUUAGAUCGAAUUUCAGGUAUCAGGUGUACGUGUACAUAGGUGUAUGGUAAAACUAGAGCGUGCUACAGCGAUCACCGUGAAUCAGUUCAGUGAAUCAACGAUACCAAAGAGACAGUCGAAGCAAUUUCCUAAUUGUACAUUAGACGACUAUGUGUGAUUAAAGUGACAUACUGAUUAUUCCUGUGAACUUUUCUUGUUUCUGCCGCUCACUUCCGUUUGAUUGACCUACGCCUUGGCAUCCUACGCGGGUUUCCGCUGGAUGGGUUCUUGCGGUUCACACCGUUCGAAGUUUUUAGACGUAAACAAAUUGUUGAAGUCGUAGAAAAUCUAAUAUCGCAACUUGGUAUCUGUUUAUUAUCAAAGAUCGUUCGAAUAAUCGACUGAAAUUUGAAAAUCAAUCGGCAAAAUCUUGAAGGAUUUCAGAAUGAUUCAUUGCAAAGAUAUUUCACAGGGACAUUCUAACGAUAGUUCUAUAAAUUAGCAAUAAAGUGCAAUACAAAUAUUGAGAGCACAGAGUGUACAUAUCGAUUACCUAGUCAGAAACUCUCAGAACGUAUUUCAAGGCACAAAUAAAGUAAUCCAAUAUUCGUCGAGAUUCUGUAAAUACACUAAAUUUGUCAUUCGUCGGACUACCUCUUAUCUUACUCAUAGGUAUAAUACUUAUUUGAUUUAAACAUCUUCGCAAUAUGAAUUCUGAACUUGAAGAAUUUGAAAUUUCUACGUAUUUUGCUUACGUUUAGAAACUUCAGACGAUACGCAAGGUGGUGCAUUGAUUAAUCGCUUCGGUAUUUUUUAUCGAAUUUACGCUCCAAAAAAUAUAACGAUAGUGUUGUCAAGAAAAUGUUAAGAUAGUCGAGCUAAAUAUACUUUACGUCCUUUUCUCUUGACUUUUAUAAACCACGUAAUAAUACAUACAGGGUGAUCGAAAGGAUGAAACAAUUUAGAAGCGUAUAGUAUUUGUUAGAACGGUUAAGAUACGUUUAAUCAGUUUAGGUUUGCAUGUCUUUUUCUUAAUAACAGUUUAAUCAUUCUAUGUUGUUUGUAUUGAUGUUUAAUCAUUCUAUUAAUACUAGCAAUAUUUUGUUAUUAGUAAUAAUAAUACGUAAUACAUUCACAAGGCCAAUUUUACGAGACAUGUGACAGCUAACAAAAACAGAAAUAAGACGCAUUAGUUAAUCUUUUUCACACUAAAAUACCUACUUUGAUUACAUCCUAUUUUAAUCUAUCUAAAUUUCAUAAAUACAAUACAAACGAUAUUUCCCAUAUGACAACCCCUUUACAUUCAACGUUAAGGGGUUCGACAAUUAUUUUGUCAAAAUAAGUGGAUAAUUAAAUUACUUACUCACUUAGAUGUCACUUAAAUAAAAACUCCAACGAAAUCAUCACGAUUUUCAUUAAAUUAAAGCAAAUACCAUAUGCCCAAAAAUUGUUCGAUCCUGUUUAUCACUCAGUCCAUAUAACUCAUCUUACUUAUCCUAUCACUUAACUUUCCCAUGUGUUGAAUUACUCCCAUAGAGGAAGGUGUUCGCAUUUUUCACCUUAAUACAGAUUUUCGAGCGUGAGAGAACACACGUGUGUCGAGCAGGAUCGCGUUGAUUAAGCACGCGAAAACGCGAUGUCAUUAACGUGGCGCUUAUCUCAAAUCGCAUCAAUUUGCGAGGUGAAUCUGCGCGAUUCGCCUCAGCUUGGAGGUUUCACGCGAGAAAAACAUGAGCCUCGAAACGUCUCGUUAACACCCUCCUGCUCGCGUUAAUUAUGCGAAUGUCAUGGCGCUCCGAAUUUAUAAUAUCCGCCACAUUAUUUCGCUAGUCUAUCGAUCGCAUAAUGAUUAUUAUUGCAAUGAUUUUGUUAAAUAAGCGAGCUUAGAUCUUAUUUAUGAACCUUUAGCUAGUUAAUAAUAGGUUCGAAUAUUGUAAAUAGUUGUAACGUAAUACGAUUGGAAUUUUGAAUGAAAUUUUAUUCAAUCAUGUAUUAUCUUUGAGAUGAGCUUUCGAACGAAGUUUUAGUCAAUUAUGUAUUGUAUUAUUUUUGAAAUGAAUUUUUGAAUGAAGCCUUGGUCGAGCAUGUCUCGUAUUAUAUUUGAAAUUAAUGUUUGAAUGAAGUUUUAGUCAAUGGUGUGUCUAUUUUCAAAAUGGAUAUUUAGGAUUUGUUGACAGGAAAGGGAAGAUAUUGUUAUAUUUAUUUUUUAGUCGUAUCAUGAAUUUAGUAUUAAUUAUAUAAUAAUUAUAAUAAUAAUUUACAUAUACAUAUAUAUAUAUAUAAGUAUAUAUAUAAGCUUGAAUACGCAGAUACACUUUCCUAUAUUUAUUGUCUUCCUUUCUACCAAUGAUAUUUCACUCCCAACGUAAAGAUAAGUACUUUAGAAUAGAAUUUACAAACGCUUUUGUGUCUUUCAUGAGAUCUUUCAACUAUACAUAGAAUAACUUUUUCAUUAGAUCAAUUCGUGAACUGAUUCCGGUGAGAGCGUCCAUAUCUUUCCUAGGAUCCUUGUAUAGUUAUCAUACUAAUGGCUCGAAUGAAAUUCUUCAAAUCUUGCUCCGUGCACACUGCAAUUUAAAUAUUUUCUUCGCACGAUUAACAAAGCGUAUUCGUAAGGUUCGUGCUUCUAUUUUCAAGAUUUCGAAGAUAUUACGAGAUUGGCCACUUUUUAACCUCCUGAUCCUGUUCAUUGUUGCAGAAAAUCGUCGAAUGAAACUUGAAUCUUUGAUUCUUGGACGCUUUUCUCCCGUUCGUUGACCGUAGCACGUAAUACUUUUAAUAUUUCGAAGUCACCAAUGCAUCGAAACUUCUGUGUUCAAUGCUUUUACGAAUGCAUAAUUAUCUUCGUUCCCAUAGCAACGUUGUUCGGUAGCAGCUUAAGCAUCUUUCGAUUUUUGAUUAUCCAAUUAAAAAUUCUGAGCUUUAUUUUUGGAAGUGUCUAUUGACUGGUCGCUAUAACAACAUCAUUAUCAACAUCGUUAUUGGUAAAAUUAACGUUGCAUCGAUCGCCAUUGAUAGAAUCUACGUUACAUUCGUCAUUAUCGGUGGGAUCAAUGGUACAUCGAUCAUUAUUGGUAAGAUCAGCGUUGCAUUCAUAAUUAUCGAUAGAAUUAAUGGCUGCAACCAUCGCCAUUUGUAGAAUCAACAUUGCAUCCAUCAUCAUUGAUAGAACGAGUGAUGUAUCGAUCGUCAUUGGUAGAGUCGACGAUGCGUCCAUCGUUAUCUAUAGAACGAACAAAUAUUACCAUCGAUCAUCAUUGGUGAUAUCGAUAUUGCAUCUCUCAUUGGAAUUCAUCAGUAGAAUCUACGAUGUAUUAACCAACAUCGCAUCUAUUAUCAUCGGUAGAGUUAAUGGUAUAUUGACCAUUAUUCGUAGAAUCAACGUUGUCGUCAUCACCGAAAUACGUUGAUAGAAUCAGCGAUGUAAUCGAUCGUCAUUGGUAGAAACGUUGAUGGAUCGCUUGAUUAAAAUCCACUAACCAUUCUUGCGAUAACAUGUCGAUGGUUAUCCAAGUUCCUCCAUUUCUAAAGUAAUAAUUUAAACUCAAAUACACUCUUCAGAUUGCAUUAUUAUUUUAUGAUAACAGGAAUCAAACUGCGUUCAUUUCGACUUUCUGAUCGAUCCGCAAAAUGUAAAUUCAUUAUGAAAUAAUCUAUAAAUAAUUAAUAAGCUACAAAAUAAAAUAUGACACUUGCAACGAUACGAUGAUCGAGGUCAAUUUUGAUCGUCAUUUUCGUAACGCAUUUCGCGUUCUCGUUGUUCUAGCAGCUUCUGAUGAGCUUUGUAUUCAUAGGAUCCCUAGCCUCAGAGAAUUUUCAUCUUCCAAACGUAUGAGUUUCAGAAUGUCUUUGCGUUUCGCUUUCAUAGCAGAAUAAUAGAAACGAGCAUUUCGAACGAUGUCUGUACAUAUAACCGAAUAACGAGAGUGUGUAAAAUAAAGACAUAAUAGAGUUUAGAUGUGUGUAACGGUAGAAUUAUUGGCGAUGAAAUAGGACAGACAUGAAAACGAAAGGUUGUCGAAAGAACGAUCAUGGAUCGUUCGAUCUAUAGAUAUUGUACUCUUUAUCUCUUUUUGCGUCGAUGUUUCUCUCCUAGUUCUUGCAAUUUCUUCUCUUAUUGUGAUUAGCCUUCAUCGAGAGAUUCGAUCUUUACUUUGCACAGAAUAUAUUUGUCGCGUUGACUGUCUCGUCGAAUUAAAUAUCAAUAAAAUAUAUCCAGAAGAUCGAUGUAUUUAAAUCAAUUGAGAAAUUGUUUGGUAAAUUAUGGUACGAUUACGUAGGCUUAUAUACACUGUACCAAAGAAUUAUAUGAAAAUAAAAGUGUAAAAAUUGAAAUUUGUGUAGCACACGAUAUAUGUAGCGAUUAACUGUGAAAUGACGUGGCAGUCAACGUGUCAAUGAUAUAAUAUAUGCACAAGAUAUCUAUUAAAUAUGAUUGUAGAUAUUGCGAUGAUCGAAUGAAACUUCGUAUCGCCACGCGAUGCAAUAAAAUUGCGUUAAAUCAAAGAUUUCGUACGAGCUUCUUUAACGUUCUUUCAAUUAAGAAUUAAUAUUGAAACAAAUACAAUUUAUAUUAAAUUAAAUUAGGCCGGAUCGAUAAAGUAUACGUUUUCAAUUUGAUAUCGAUGCGAUAUUCGAAUUUUAAUGUUACUUUGAACUUUUCGUACUAUGUACCUUCGUUUUAAUAAACGUUACUUUCAGUAGAUAUUAAGUAUAACUACCAAUUAAGGAUUGAUAGAUACGCGUGGCAGCGUUUCCCUAUUACCUCACGAAUCGAUUGUAAACGAUUGUCCUCGCUACUUUGUAUACUGUGCUGUACCUUUUAUUCUAGUUACCGAUCCAAUCCACAAACUCGUUUAGCGCCUCUACUACUCGAGACACUUUUCAAUUCUGACACGUCUUUCUGUAUAUCUAUUAUAUAAUCGCAUAAUUGUUCACACGUCACGCAAUUCGAUUUCAAUUUCAUCGAACCAUAUUCGUAUAUGUACACUCUCGUUCACAAGUAUCACGACAUUCAUUGGUCUCAUACAAAAGGCUUGUAUUUGUUUUCCAGUUCGUUGAUUCAAAUUUUGUAUUCGAUGUUUUCGAGAAAAUCAGAUUUGAAAAUGUCCAGUACAUAUGCACUUGGCGAAUUUGCGACUGAAUAAGAAUAAGAAAGUGAUUCUUAAAAUAAAAAUAAGUUGACGACGUAAAGCAAAAUUUUGUCCGCUCGAGGGAUCGAUUUCGAGAAAAUCGACUUUGAGAUAAGACUCGUUGAGACAUCAUCGACAGCCAUAUCGGGUCAAGGGUCGCGUGCACUUCAAUUUUCGAACUCGAUUUUCUCGGAAACUAAGCAUCGAAUGAAAAAACAUUACUCCUUUUUGCAUGCAGAAUAAUUUAUUCUCUAAUCGAAAAGGAAGUAGUUUGCUGAGACAAUGUGUAUAGAGAAAGCUAUUAUAUUAUAAAUUCACAUUCUUAUUAAAUAUUAAACAUCGAACGUGCUGGAUUCUGUACGCAAUCUAAGAUUUCAAAGAUGAUAACUUUUAAAGAUUUUAAUAACUUCUUCUGUGUUUUGUAAGUAUCGUGGAUUUGACUGCAAGUGUGUUCUUAUACUUAUAAACGAGGGCGUACAUGAAAGACAACUACUUUCGAACGUUUCGGUAGACGGAGAACCGGAAUCCGUGGAUAUUCGAAUUUUUUCACGGUUCAACCGACGGAACGAUUCUCGAAAAACGAAAGGCAGUUCGACUAUGUAUUCCGGUCCAGCUAUUCGAUGGAUCCUUUUUCUCCCUUCUACACGCGUUCGCAUGGCUGUCGAUUUCGAAACAAUGCCACUGUUGAGCGACGCGAACGAAUUACUAUUUCGGAGACGUUACUAUCAAUUUUCCCCGCGUUACUCUGUCCCUUUCUCCCUCGCUCUAUGGACAAAACAAAAACAGAACAAAGAAAAAAAUUGUUGAAAAAAAUGAAUAAAACGAGAGAAGACAAGAAAAAAUAUGGGACAGCGCUUGAUCGUCGUGCAAUUCGAGAGGAUGACUCGUAGUGAUAAUAAAAGAGAUAGAUGUAUUCGCUGAUGAAUCGCGCGCCACGAGUUUUUCUCUCUCGUCGUCGAUGCCUUUCUUGGUUCUUUCUUUUCUUGUUUCAAAAUGAUGCGAUGGAAGAGGGAGAAUUUUAAAAGGAAAGCUUUCCUUUUGUGUCCUUCCUUCUUGAGAUUUCUGCGGUUGGAAGGAAGUUUGAAACGCGUGGACGACGAGGAUAAAUGCUCGAGGUGCGUGACGACUGUGCAAGAGAACGUACAAAUUGAAAAGAAGAAGGGUAGUGGUGAAUGAUCAGUGUCUUUUGAAAUCAAAAGAGUACUUGUACGGAAGCUAUUUGCCGAGAAUGCCAUAAUAUAAACGCGCUAUUUUGUACCGAGCAGCCUGAUUAGACGCAAGAAAAAAAAAAAAAAACUUCCUACGUUCUUGGACACAUUAUAUUUAUUAUUGUUCAUGUUUAUUAGAAUGAUAUAUAUAUGAGACAGAGAUUAUUCCCUGGAUAUCUAUAUAUAUAACGCCUUGAAGGAAUAAAACGGAUAAUUUACGGGA